GCUGCUAUUGCUCGGUUCUGCUACGAAGUUCAAUGAAAGAGAAGAUGAGCUAUGAAAGGUUGGAAGGGGUUGCCGACGGUGGUGGUUGAAAGUAGAUGCAAAUCUGUUCUGCUGCUGCUGCUCAAUUCGGUGAAGGAGAAGCUGCUGCUGCUCAAUUCGGUGAAGGAGAAGCUGCUGCUGUUUGGUGGAGGAAGGCAAGGAAGAUGAGCUGCGAUGGGCUGGAAAGGGUUGUUGACGGUGGUGGUUAAGAGUAGGGAGGUUGGUGGAGGAAGGAUGAGGGAGCUCUAGACUGUUUCUUGAACUUUCUUCUUCAUUCUAUUUUUUGCAAUUUUUUUUUACAGUAUUCUAUUUUCUGUAGUUUUUUUUUUUUUACAAUAUUUUAUUUUCUACAUUUUUUUUUUUUUGGUUGAGAGCAGGGAGGUUGGUGGAGGAAGGAUGAAGGAGAUCUGGACUGUUUCUUGAACUUUCUUCUUCUUUCUAUUUUUUGCAGUAUCCUAUUUUCUACUUUUUUUUUUUACGAUAUUCUAUUUUCUACAUUUUUUUUUAUGGUUGAGAGCAGGGAGGUCGGUGGAGGAAGGAUGAAGGAGAUCUGGACUGUUUCUUGAACUUUCUUCUUCUUUCUAUUUUCUAUAGUUUCUUUUUUUACAGUAUUCUAUUUUCUGCAAGUUUUUUGGACUACCGAGUAUAGUUUUUCU